UUGUUUCGAUUUCUCUUAGAAACAAAGAAACAGAAACGACAGAACCAAAACCCAAAGUCCCAACCCAAUACUUUCUUCUUCUCUUUUUGAUUUUUAAACCAAACCCUUUGAAAAUCCCCAGACCAAAAAAGACAUAAUAUAACAAUGGGUCGUGUUAGCAACUGUAUUGUUGUGUUCCCGAACAGCUUAUUGCUGUUACUAGGACAGCUUUCCUUGUCAUUUGGGGUUUACUUUGUGGUCCAUGGAAGCACUCAUUGCGACAAAGUGUUGAAAGAUCCAUUGCUGAUAAUGGGUGGUUUCUUGGUGGUGGUUUCUUUGCUUGGGUUAAUUGGUUCUGUGUGCAAGAACAACUUUUUCAUGUUUAUUUACUUGACUGUCAUGUUUUUCUUAAUUCUUGGUCUCAUCGGACUCACUGUGUUCUUGUUCCUGGUCACCAACCAUGGCGCUGGGAAGGUGUUUUCAGAGCGAGACUUAAUCAUUAAGGAAAGAAAAUCUGCAGAUUUCUCCAAUUGGUUGAAGAAUCAUUUUGUUAAUGACAAGAAUUGGAAUCAGAUUAAGAGUUGUUUGAUUGAUGCUAAGGUUUGCACGAGUGUUGGAAAUCAUAAUGAUCAUGUUAAUUAUAAGGCAUUGGUUUUUUUCAAGAACACCCUCCCUGCAUUACAGUCUAGCUGCUGCAAGCCACCAACUCGCUGUGGUUUCCGACCGAAGAAUGCAACAUUCUGGGAAGUCCCGAAAUCAGGACCAGCCACGGCAGACCCUGACUGCUUAACAUGGAGCAACAACCAGUGGAAGUUAUGCUAUGAUUGCAACUCAUGCAAAGGAGGAGUUCUUGCCAACUUCAGGAAGGCGUGGAAGUCUUGGGCUAUCAUCAAUGUCAUUCUUCUCAUCUUCCUCAUUUUCGUUUAUUCUGUUGGUUGCUGUGCCAGGAGGAGCAAUCAGAAAUCUAACAGGAAAUACAUAAGAGGCUUCGCUUGAUCACCUUUCAAUAUUCUAUUCAUAUGUAACUAUCAAAUUAAACAUUAAUAAUCAUGUUCUUAAAUUAGUUAGUUUUGCCUUGGACUAGAUUAUUUCAGACGAUGAUAAUUGUGUUCUGACAUUGUAUUUCUAUUUGUGAUUCAUUUGUGUUUAUUUCUGCUAUUUUUGCUGCUUUGAUUUCUUAGAUUUGGUCUCUAGACAUGUAUAAACGAGUACAAAAAGAAUGGGAAAGGUAGGUAAGAAAUUGUACUUAAAGCAAAUAAAAUUAACAAUCUAACACUCUAUCAACAAUUCAUGCAACUAAUUAAAAAUUCAACACUCUACCAACAAUCCAUGCAAUUGUAGGUAAACUGGGAUCUUCUUCCCCGAAACAAAGAAUGAAGAGUGAGAGGUGGAUUAGUUAGUUUAUUGCCAGGUAAACAGAAACUUAUGUUUUGAAGAAUAAAUUAAAUCCAUAAAAUUUUACAAAAUCCAUCCAAGUCCCACUAGUUUGCCAUUAAUAGAACCUAAGAGCAUUCUAUGAUGAAUGAUGAUAAUUCAUUAAUCUUAGUUGCUAAACUAUCUACAAUCUACAUCUAACAUCAAAAGAAAUUACAAUAGCAUGCCAGAAAUU